AAUUGAAAAUAAAAUGAAACUAGGCUCAUGAAAUUAAAAAAAAUUGUUUAUUAUGCUUAUUUUUAAUAAAAAUACAUAAGUUAAACCCAAAAUUCGCGGAUUUCCACUAUCCCUUUAAUACUUGUAUCUUUUCCCAUGAGGUGCAGGUUAAAACAACAGCAGGUGAGCUCCUAAGUAUCUAAGCUUAGCUAAGUAUCAUACAAAUCUGAUGUACUUUUACUGUAUUUGAGUAUUUUCUUUUUUUUCUUCAGUUUAGAAAAUAUGACGCAGUAUUAUGUGAAGCUUUUCAGGGUGUAAACCGAAUAAUAAUAUUGUUUGGACAUGAAGAUAUAUGUUUAAAUCAUGUAUAAGUGGUACCAUUUUAAUACUGGACAUCUGUAAAUAUGCAUUAAUAAUUCUUCUUUAAAAAGCAAUAUGAAUAAAAUAAACAUUUUGUUCAAUAGAAACGUAUUAUCUAUCAAAGUGGGCUUUUAAAACAUGAAUGAGGCGGACUCAUUGACAGGUAAGCCGUCCAGGCCGAUGGGUUAGCCUGAUAGUAACCACACACACACAUCAACAGAUUGGACAUCAAAAAACAAGGCCACAGCGUCCCCACCUACCCAACACUGCACCGUGCAUCCUCAUGUAACCUCACCGCUGUGCACAAGGCCGCAGAAGUUUGCAAGAGAGGAAGAUGAACGGAAAGGAGAGAGGGGAGGAAGUCAGCUUGAAGAGGCUGAACCACAGACACUGCAAAGAAGUGAUGAAGACUGUCAAUGUGCACAGAUCGAAAAAGCCUUGGAUAUGAAAAAGAGGCAUUACAACCUGUAAAGCUAAAGCUAUACAUCAGCACCUGAAAGUGUGGGAACCCCCUAACCUGAGAUGUUUUUCUGCACUGGUAGGGAAACAUUUAGAGAAGUGAGACCACCCACAGACGUUCGCUCCCCUCCAGUGCACCCACCGCCCUGGGAAAGAGCCAGAAGGUAGUGAGCUGCAGAGAGUAGAAAGAGGAAGCAGCAUGUAGCUCCAACCUAAGCUUCAGCACUUCUCCGUUUUAAACUAAUAAUGAGGUGCUCCGAGGAACGUCUCCAGCUUAGAAGAACUGCGUCUGGAAGAUGAGGCCGAACCUCUGCUGCACCAUCCUUCAUGUGUGCAUCUGGGCAGAGCUGCUUCUCACCUUAAACGCUGAUGACGAAUGUUACAUUGAAACUAGAGUACACGAGAAUACAUCUUAUAAAGCUGUCGUUGGAGAACGAUUGGAGAUUAAAUGUGGAGUUGCCAUCUGUGGAGAAGCCCCACCAACGGUCGACUGGUUUAAACUUCUAUGGUUUGAACGUGAGCAAACAGAUGUCCCUGUCAACGUCAGCAGCAGCAGUCACAUUAAUACGCAGUGGGAACUUAUAAACAAAUCAGAAGGGAUAUCAUUUCUGGUCUUUCCCAAAAUACGUCUGAAUGACUCUGGUGUGUAUCAGUGUAAAAGUGGAGGCAGUAGCAGUCAUUACAUCUACGUCUUCGUCAAUGGUAGCACACAUUCUGAACCCAAAGUGGAUUCAUGGAUGUACUUGUACUUUGCUGCUGGGAUUGUGCCGUUCAUCAUCAUAGUCAUAAUCAUAUCUGUAGUAUCAAUGCGUGGGUGUAAAGGGAAAUCAAAGAAAGAAACGUCAAGCGAAAACCAGUACAUGGCAAUCCCCAUGGUGGAGCAACCCCUCCAUCACGGCCGCCUCCAGCCCUCGCCAAGAGGAAGCCCCUCCGCGUCGCCAUGCCGGAGAUCCCUAUGGACAAAAACACCGCCCUUACAACCCAAUGAGCUUCCUUUACCAAGAGACAAUUACCCGGUGUACAGGAUGAUAACCAGGGACAGGGAGAGACAGAGAAAUACGGCGGAGGAAGAGGGGAGUUCGAUUGUGUACGCUGCUCUGAACCAUCAACUUCCUGCCAGGGCUGCUCGGCCUCCGAGGCCCACAGAGGAGCAAUCAGAGUACGCGGCUAUCCAUGUUAAAGAAUAAACUAAAAGUAUUUUCACAGAAUCCUUAGUCUUCUUCUGACAUGGAUUUGCUCGGGGUCUUUGAAUGUUUUGUGACGUUGCCCAUCCAACACUUGAAUGUACACUGCCGUCGAGUUACAUCACAUCUGAUAACAGUUUCAUGAGUUUUCAAACUGUACCAUAUGACUCAUUUCAUGACUAUAUGAAUGACGAUUGACCUCCUGUAAUUUUGUGUUGUACAAUCUUUCUUUAGGAACUUGAGAAUGUAAUUAUUAUCCUAUUUUGUGCAAUCAAAUGUGUAUCUAUAACUGUCUGAUUUGAAUUAAGAACAUAUGUGAUCACUGCUGACAAGCUUCUGAGUGUGUGUGCUCAUUACAUUUCCUCUGGGGUACUGUGGUGUGUAUGUUGGGUAGGUGGGACGAUCUAGGUGAUUGAAAGCAGGAAGUCAAUUAAACAAGGUCAUUGACAGUUGCUGCUGUGAUAGUACUCUUAAAGAUGUGUACAGCAGCUUGUUGAAGCGUUUCCACCAUGAGACCUCACUACUGCCUGACCGUCCUUGUGGCAUCCUUACUAGUAGAGCCCCUCUUCACUCAGAAUGGUAAGUUUUUGUUAUUCAAUCUACAGCUAAAUACUCAAAAGGGCAGCGUUAAAAACCUACAGAAAAAUAAACAGCAUAGAAUGUGAAUGAGGUUAUAAUUCGAGAAGGAAGGGUAAAAUACACGAGCGUCCAUUUGAGUGGAGACCAAUGAAUGGCUGUCAAACUGUAAUACAAUAUAGACAUUGGAUCUGUAUUGCAGUAAUUUAAGUUAUAUCCGUGCUGAAUCAUUAUAGAUUGUGUGAGUGGAGGUAGAGGUUGAUGGAACAUAUUAGCCAUUCUUCUAAUACAAAGAUAUCAGGCACUAGAAAUGACUUAAAAUGUGUUUCGGCAUUAUAUUCCUCCUCCUGAAAAAGGGCAGAGCAGCAAUGUAAUGAUGUACUGUAAUAUCACUAUCAAAGACGUUCGCUUUGAAUUUCGGCCACAUUGAAUGGCACUUUCCAAAAAGAAAAUGCCCCUCUUUUUGGGGAUUUUCAGUCCCAAUCCGAGCCAUGGCUACAAUCUCUGACAGUCAGUAAUGUUAACUUAAACAUAUCUAACGUGGAAGGUUCAAAGUAGCACACAUCUCAAGGUAAAAAAAAGGUGCGAUGACCACAAAAACAUCACGUCUGAGUCGCUGACCUGAUUUUACAGUUAGAGGUCUGCAGCUGCAGCGGGAGAAAAAAACAAAUAGGUUAUCUGUGAUCUAAUUAUUUAGUUAUUGCCAAUUCAGAUCUAAUGACUACAUUAAGGGUCAUUGUGUUUAUAGCCUUUUAAAACACAUGAACAGAUAAAGACAUCCACAUAUUGCAUGCAUCACCGACCCUGCAAACAACAAAACGCAGGGGAAUGUAUUUUAUAUUGCAUUCUGGGGGUUUAUUACAAAAUGCAAUAGAUUAUUAUACAAAACGCAGGUCUAUUUGGUAUAUAAUGAAGCACAAUUUAUUUAUUUUGUGUUAGAUUAUUAGAAAAUGCCUUGCUGAUACAUAAUGUGUUGUUGUAGGCCUUUACUAUUUCCUAUAAUAAUCAUAUUGAAGAUAUAAAGUCACCUUUGUUGUGGAAAGUAAACAAUGUGAAUGCUUUUCAGGUGACGUAAUGGAGCCUGCAAAACCGGAGAAGCAAGAAUUGAGAUCUUGGUAUUCCACAAUCCGUAUUGUUGGAGCCGUGGUGUUUUUAUCCAUAAUGCUAAUGAUUUUCUUCACGUCAUGUUGGAGGUGUCAUGGAGCAUCCGAGGACACAACACAUCCGAGCCCUCAGAACUCCCAUGAUGCCUUGCAUGCCACUCACAUCUAUGAUAACGACCAGUAGUCCCAAUGUGUGUGCAUUUAAAACAAUCAAAUCUGUAACUUGUAAUUGUGUUUUCAUGGCCUUGACAUUUUUAUUUGUUUUACUGUUGACAAUAUAUAAUAUCUUUCUUCAUAGUGAUGUGUUUACUGUCAAAAAUAAAAUAUAUAUUAUGAUGCCUUUA